CUGUUUGCUACUACGCUGUUAUCUCAUAAAUCGCAUUAUAUUUUUGUCCCAUUUGCGGACUAUACACUAUCAGUUUUAUACCUCCUUUGUUGUUGGAAGUCGCCUUCUGCGCCAGUGUGUGUAAAGGCUGCACUUUCGACGCAUCUGUUUUCUACGCUUCAAUCGCUUGAAUUUAAUCGCGACACUCUAAUUUGAUUCUGAACAAUGAAGGUCCUAGCUCUCGCUGUAUCUUGCCUGCUGGCGCUCUCCGGAGCCCUGGCGGCUGACUCCUGCUACCAGGAUGUCUCCAUGGACUGCUCGCAGGCCUCCAACAGCAUGGUGCUGGCAAAAUGUAACGCAAUCUACGGCGGUUACGGUCACCAUGGCAACCUCGCGUCCGAGAUGCAAGCGUACGCGAACCUCCAUCUCGCUCGCUCGUACGAGUUCCUGCUAUCGGCGUCCUACUUCGACAACUACCAGACCAACAGGAAGGGGUUCAGCAAGCUGUUUAGGAAGCUGUCCGAUGACGCUUGGGAGAAGACUAUUGAUCUCAUCAAGCAUAUAACUACUCGAGGUGGUGUGAUGGACUUCGCCCGCCGCUCCACCUUGGACACCAGCAGCAAAAACUUCACCGUGGAGCUGAAUGAGCUGGAAGCGCUUGCCAAGGCCCUGGACAUCGAGAAGGAGAUCGCUGAACGCGCCUUCCACAUCCAUGGUGAAGCGACCAGGAACAGCCAGCACCUCCAUGACCCUGAGAUCGCCCAAUACAUGGAGGAAGAGUUCAUCGAAGACCACGCUAAGACCAUCCGCAACCUGGCCGGCCACAGCGCCGACAUUAAGAAGUUCAUCGCCCAGAACGAUGGGCAAGAUCUUUCCAUCUCGCUCUACCUGUACGACGAGUAUCUUCAGAAGACCGUCUAAAUUAUAAAUAGUCUACCAUCUCAAAAAACUACCAUUUUAGUAGAAAUUUGGUUACGCUGGUAACCCAUUAUAAUUAACCGCCAUCUUUGAAAUAGAAUUAUAAAUAUCCAUUAUGGUAGAAAAUCGGUUACGCUAGCUAGCCGUCAAACAUACUACUAUCUAAAAAAAAGUGGUGUUUUGUAAUAAAUAUUACACAGUUUAGUUGAUUUAAAAUUAAGCCUCCACUCAAAAAACUACCAUUUUAGUAGAAUAUUGUUUAAGCCAUUUCAACGUGUACAAAUAGGGCUGUUUAAAUUAUGUGAUAUGUAAGUUUUUUAUCAUUCAUUGUGUAUUAUGGCCUAGUAUAGAUGUAUUUUCAGUUAUUUUCCAAAUAAAAAUUCUUUAAUCGCCUAA